AUGAACGCUGCGAUCACUAUCGAUGCGAACGUCUACUUGGAGGAGUUGCAUACUCUCGUCAGAUGUGUCGAGAAAAAGACCACCGAGUUCGGUUCAUAUGCCUUCGUAGAUCGGAUGCUUGGCACUUGGGCGUUGUCUGGUCGUGUCAUCGGGAAGAGCGGCGUCAAGGGUGCUUUCUCGUUCACUCCGCAACAUCGCAUGGCCACGGGCAAUCCACUUGAGACCGCCACACCGGACUUUGCGGCACUCAUGUACACGCUCAACAACGGCGUUGAUCGAGAUGAGCUCGUAUUCUUAUGGGAAUGCAAGAUCGAUCUGACCCUGAAAUGGUGGACCCCCAGCUCCAAACUGUUCGAACAGCGCCUGGGCCAAAGUACCCUUGCACACCUCGACCAGGUUCAGAGGGCAGUAGCUGUAGCAAUCAAGGUCUAUAAUCGCGAGGUCGACUUCCGCUCGGUUUACGCCUUCCUGCGGGUCAACGCGCACUUCACCCUGAUGCGCUUCAAGGCCAUCCCGGGGAAAGCUGCUAGUGGCGGAGCGAUUCUUCUGGAAGAAUUCGGAAUGCAGAUGGAAUUUGUCUACUUCGUCGAACCGAUAUUCGAGGGUGACUUCCGGACGAAUCUGCGCCCGAGCCUCGCCUUUCUACAUGCCCUCGAGGCGGCAACCCUCGAGGCCGCUGAUGAAGGCCUACGGUUCCCCAGAGAUAGCUUUUUCGCGGUACCAGCGAACGCCAGGCAUAAAGCAAAGCCGACAAGGGGAAUACACAACGCGGCAAAGGACUUCUACGUGAAAUGGCUUACGCUCCAGCAGGAAAGUGCUCGACGGAAUCAAGAGGAGAUGAAUAUAUCCGCUACGACGGCGGUGUCGAGCAAUGACAACUACGUACCAGAGGACUUGGGUUCGGACAACUCAGACGACUAG